AGAGGCAGGCAGCCAUCCGAUUGGGAGGGGGAAACGGCAGCUGGACAGCGCCUGGAUUCCCAGCCGCAGGUUUAGUUUUUGUUGCCGACGCCGCGGAGCUCCAGGGAGAACUGAGUCCAGCAAAGAAGAAGAAGCAAAGUCACUGCAAAUAGGAACCUGUUGCCUAACAGGAUGAAUCCGCAAGCCAUCGUCUUUGUCAUGCUGAGCGCAUUCGUCGCAGAGAUGGCAGCUUCGGCUUAUCCUUGGCAGAGACAACAGAAGCUGCCGAAGAAAAUUAAAUAUGACUACAAAGGUUGUGGCUGUUUGAAUGGAGGAACUUGCUUGAGUUAUGGUCUCUUUUCUCAAAUUAAGUACUGCUUGUGUCCUGAAGGAUAUGAUGGAGAUCACUGUGAGAUAGAUGUUGCAACCAGAUGUUACACUGGGGAUGGCACUGACUACAGAGGGACUGAGUCAAAGAACGAGAAUGGGGAAAAGUGUCUGUUUUGGGACUCCCACUUAGUCAAGAGGCGGCCCUACAAUGUGCACGCGGAAAAUUCGCUGGAGCUUGGUUUAGGCAGACACAACUAUUGCAGGAAUCCAGACGGCCGUUCUAAGCCAUGGUGCUAUGUUCGGAAGGGAUAUCUCACAUCUGUGACAUCUUGUGACAUACCCACAUGUCAAAACGGCAGGACGUGUGGUCAGAGGCACUUAAGCAGGAACUUCAAGAUUGUGGGUGGUCUGACAGCCCCUAUUGAAUCCCAGCCUUGGAUAGCCAGCAUCUUCCACUCCAGAGGGAACCAGUUUUUUUGUGGUGGCAGCCUCAUUGACCCCUGCUGGGUCCUUACAGCAGCCCAUUGCUUCUCGGGCAUUGGCUCUGAUACAUCCAAGCUCAUAGUUAGGUUGGGGAGAUCUGCAACAAAUGCUAGCAAUGCAAAUGAUCAAGAAUUUAGCGUGGAGAGGCUCAUCAUUCACGAGGCGUUUUCGCAACAAAACAGAGAUUAUAACAAUGAUAUCGCCCUUAUGAAGAUCAGGUCAUCUUCUGGCCAAUGUGCGAAAGAGUCGGCCAUUGUCAAAACCAUCUGCUUGCCCUCGGAGAAUUUAAUGCUGAGAGACCAUUCCCACUGUGAAGUUUCUGGCUACGGAAAACAAAGCAAAACUGCCAUUUACUACUCACGAGUCCUGAAAUCAGCUAAUGUACAAUUAAUACCCCAGUCCACAUGUAAAGGAUACUACGAGGGUCACAAGGUGAACGAGAACAUGCUCUGCGCUUCAGGCUCAGAGUGGAAGACUGACUCCUGCAGUGGAGAUUCAGGUGGUCCCCUCACCUGCAUGUCCAAUGGCAGGAUGGUUCUCUAUGGGAUCGUCAGCUGGGGAGAUGGCUGCGCGAAGGAAAGGAAGCCUGGCGUGUACACCAGAGUCAGCAGAUACAUCCCUUGGAUUGACACCAACAUGAACAGAAUCCAUUUCAAAAGUUUCUACCCUCCAAAAUGAAAAGGGAAGGGGGGGUGUUUUCCUUUGCUUGGUGUCAACCAUGACGUCAGAUGCGUGGGAUUUGAGCCAAGUCUUUUCAGGUGUUGAAAUGCCAAGCCCUGCGUUGAAGUUGAUGGUUCUUCUCAAGGGCUUGUGGGAAUCAUUUGUUAAAGUUCGGGCAAUGUAUCUCUCGGAGGGAGAGGCGCUCAAGCCAUUGCUGGGAACAAUACAAAAACUAUCCCAUGCCAAACCCACCCUGCUUAACUCUCAAAAAAGACAUUUAAGUGGGAUUUAAAUCAUGUCCCACCAGAAGAGUUGGUGGUUUACAAUUUUAGUGGGUUUUUUUUUUAAAGAGUAAGGUUUUAAAAUUGAUAACUUACUAAUGGCUAGUGCCAUUGUGCAGAAAUGUACAAUUUGAUGUUAUUUUAAAAUGUUACCGUACUGAAUGAAAUUUAAAAGACUUUUAACUGGGGUUGCACUGCCACGUUGAUAUUUGCUUAAUAUUAUUUUGCUGCCUUUUUAACUGCCUUUUUUUUAAAAAAAAAAUUGAAAAUGCGAUCUGAUGCAAUAUUGAGGUUAAAAAUGCAAUCGUUCCCCAGUACUUAUUCACAUUCCAGUUUCUAUGAAAAUAAUAGUGUAGAUACGACGAUACAUUAAAAAUUACUGAUAUAUUUUACUCUAGUUGUGUUUUACAUGGGAACCAGUCUUGGCACUUGUUUCUUAGCAUCUUGCCAACUAUGGUGGAGAUAAUAAUAAGGUUUUAAGCAAAUGAUCCAUUUAGGGUCCACCCAGGAAUAUUUUUACAUCCUCAAGUUUUUGUGCCAUGUACAAUUUGAAAUAAUUGCAAUGUGGUUAAAAAAAACAUUGGGAAUACCUAUGUGCUACUAAUGGCAUUAUUAAAACUGCAAGAUUAGAGUCUGCAAUUAUUGCUCUAAGCAAGCAGGCCCUUCUUUUCUAAAAUAGUAAAAAGUUUUUAGGUCCAUAGAUAACUUUGGGUAGGCCAUUUCUGCUCAGAAAGACAGGAAGCAGAAUUUCUCAAGAAUUUUAAAAAGUGGAGGCAUCAGAAAGUGCUUCAGUUGAAAUGAAUUGGAGCUAUGGUUGAUAAAUGUUUUGAACUUAACUCAAACUAUUUCUGGUAUUACUUUUGUUUUAAAAGGUCAGAAAUGCAUUAGACAUUUUGUUUAAAAGCCUUAGGAAACAAGUGUUAGGGGGAAAAAAAUGAAAUUUAUAAUGUUUAGAGAUACAUUUCCCUGCUAUAAAUUCACGAGAUAAAAGAGUGUUGCAUUCAAUGUGGUUAAAUCGUCAUUGUACUUCAGCAUCCUCCAUCUUGGUCUUCUAGAAACUUCUGUGGACCCUUGGUCCUUUUCUUGAUGACAGGUCCGACUGUAAUUGUUUAGCGGUAAAGUGGCUACAUUUUAUUACGUGUCAAAUUCCACCAAUGUUCAGUAGCAC